CCGUACCACAGAUGCUCCCCUGAGGCUGUCACGCCACGGUAGACGCCAUAUCUAUCUUCAGUAUGCCCCGUUUAUUCUUAUCUUCAACCAUAGAACGCGUAGGCCGUGACAGUCCGUUCUGAUUCCAGCAAAUCGCACACUGAGCGGUUGUCGCGUCCAGCAAAGGACCCCCCUUCGACCCGGCCGAAAGGCAUGGACCAGAACCGCGGAUAACUGAAAUCACUGCCAGACCUCGUCAAACUCUUGCCUGUCACAAGCCGGUUUGGCUAUGUCCCUCGUCGAAUCCCUCCGGUCCUCCCAGAACGAGCCUUGCGUCACUGUGCCCGGAAAGAAGAGCCCAGUCCGCCCCAUCAUCCAAGUCCUGUCACAGACUCACGAUCGACCAACGCCGAUAAGGAAAUCUCCUACGUACGCCUACGACAUAACACAUGCGAUACUUGUUUCUGGGAUGAAGAAAAGGCACAAACUGAGGGUUGUUGGAUGCGUCUGAGCAAAUGAAGAGGCACUGCGUCGGGAUGAGUGGUAGUCAUCACCACGCAACAAACCAUCCUGGGCUUCUCGCUCUGGACGUUAUUCCAUGGAAUACGGACAUCCAACCGCCUCUGAUCUGACGCCAACACAGGCAGCGCGGUCGGAACUUAGCACAAGGCGG